AAGCGCGUGGGAACGCUUGUGUGAGUGAUGUAGUGCCGGUGUAAUUACUGUGAAAAUAUUGGAUAAAGUCGUAAUUUUUUAAUAUCGAGUAAUUAUUUGAUGUACAAUUGUGUUUACACAUAAGUGGUUAAAAUUUAUAUAUAAAUUUUACUAUAAUACUUAUAAGUAUUUAAAAAUAAUAGUGGUUGUGAGGGUAAAUAAAAAAAAGGACUUUCUAGGGAUUUCGUUCUGUAAAAAUUGUUUACCUGCUUUUGCUUGACAAAGCUGCCAAAAAGUUAUGAAAUCUACUACAUAAAACGUACAAUUACUAUCAUCACUCUCCACAUUUAAUUUGAAAUAAUGGAGUCUCCAAAGAAGAAAGGAAGGCCACCUCAUCCUCGGUCUAAAACGAAUCCCCUAUCUGCCCUUACAUUUGCAUGGACCCUACCAAUCUUCUGGGGUGGUCUGAAGAAGGAGAUGAAUGAAAAUGAUCUGUAUGAGCCACUAGAAGAACAUGCAUCAGGUCCUCUGGGUGACAAGUUUGCUCGUCUAUGGGAAGAGGAAGUGGCCAGUGCUGGUGGGAAGAGAACACCCAGCCUUCUCAGAGUUAUCUUAAAAGCCUACGCUGCAAGAUGUAUGCUCUAUGGAUUCGUUCUGAUGUUUAUGGAGUGUGGAAUACGUAUUCAACAACCGAGACUGCUUGGCAUAUUCAUCGGUCACUUCAGUCGGGAGAGUGAAAUGUUUAUGCACAAACGACUUUUGGAACUGCGUAAUCAAGUUGUGAGAGCGAGAGAUACUCCUAAUAUUACUAUAGCACAGCCCGUUUUUCUUGGGAAACUGGUGGAGUUCUACAGUCCAGAUCAGAAGACCAUGAAGCCGAAGGAGGCGUAUUUGUACGCUGGUGGUGUGGUCAUCUGCUCCGCAUUGAAUGUGUUUGUGGUGCAUCCGUAUAUGAUGGCCAUACUCCAUAUGGGAAUGAAGUUCAGGGUGGCCUGCUGCUCGCUUAUAUAUAGAAAGUCUCUCCGGCUGUCGAAGACUGCUCUCGGCGAGACCACUGUGGGUCAGGUGGUGAAUCUCCUCUCAAACGACGUGAACAGAUUCGAUGUGGCCAUCAUCUUCCUGCAUUAUCUAUGGAUUGGACCCUUGGCUACUGUCAUUGUCACUUACUUUAUGUGGCUAGAGAUUAACUGGGCCGCUAUUGUUGGAGUUGGAUUUAUGCUGGCGUUUAUACCACUUCAAGCAUACCUGGGCAAAAGGACAUCCGUACUCCGACUGAAGACAGCCCUUCGUACAGAUGAGAGAGUUCGUCUGAUGAACGAAAUCCUUUCUGGUAUACAGGUCAUAAAGAUGUAUACUUGGGAGAAGCCGUUUGCUGAUUUGGUGGCGAAGGCCAGGAAGCAAGAAAUAAAGCAGAUAAAAGCCACAUCAUACAUCCGAGGAGUGUUGACGUCUUUCAUCAUGUUCACAACCAGGAUUUGUCUGUUCUUCUCUAUCCUGGCGUUUGUUUUGGAGAAUAAUGUUAUCAGCGCCAAGCAAGUGUUCGUCGUCACCAGUUUCUACAAUAUCCUGAGACAGACCAUGACUGUCUUCUUCCCACAAGGUAUCGCACAAGUCGCCGAAGCGACGAUAUCCAUAAAACGUCUUCAGAACUUUAUGCUAUAUGAAGAUACGAGUAAGCCUGUGCCGGGGUUGGCAGAAAUACAGACAUCCAAAAAGAAGGAGGGCCAAGUACGGGAUUCGACAGCCUCAUCAGUUAAAGGCGACUUGGAUAAGGAAAAGGAAACAUCGAAGCAGUCUCUGGAGUCGCCGUUAGUCCCCAAGAAGCAUGAUGAUAAAGGAAACGGUAACUUAGAAGCACCGCUGGAAUCUGGUGAAGAGGAUACAGAGGAACUGGCUACCAGGGUGGAAGAGGAUGCGAGAGGUGUCCGACUCAAACAUGCCACUGCCAAGUGGAUAGUAUCGCACGCAGAGAACACACUGACCGACAUGUCUCUCACUAUUAAACCCGGAAAGUUAAUUGCGGUCAUAGGCCCAGUGGGUGCUGGCAAAUCUUCGCUCUUACAUGUCCUACUCCGGGAGCUGCCUUUAGUCUCAGGUUCGGUGCACGUCGGUGGCACGGUGUCUUACGCGAGCCAGGAACCGUGGCUAUUUGCGGGUAGUGUACGUCAGAACAUCCUUUUCGGCCAAGCAAUGGACCGGCCGAGGUACAACGCGGUUGUCAGGAGAUGUGCGUUGGACAGAGAUUUUACGUUAUUCCCGCAUGGAGACAAAACCGUAGUUGGAGAACGGGGUGUCAGUUUGAGUGGGGGCCAACGUGCGCGUAUUUCCCUCGCACGUGCGGUUUACAAACGUGCUGACAUCUACCUAUUGGAUGACCCACUGUCAGCCGUGGAUGCUCACGUGGGCAGGCAUUUGUUCGAGUCCUGUGUUGUGGGCUACUUGAGGAACACGACCCGGGUGCUGGUUACUCAUCAGCUGCAGUUUCUGAGAGAUGUUGAUCAGAUUAUUAUAUUAAAGAACGGUGCCAUAGCAGCGGCGGGAGAUUUUGAAACAUUGAGCGCAUCUGGUCUUGACUUCGCCACUCUACUGGCGAGGGAUGAUCAGGAAGACGAAAAGCCGGCUCCAGAAGACAAAUCUAACGUUGAAGAGGAAUCCAUUCUGCAAGGAAGCUUCAGGAAACGGCAGAUGAGCAUACAUUCGGUAAGUUCAGUGGAUAAUCUCACAGCCACAGCUCCACCGGAAGGUGGAAGGGAAGAAGCGGAGAUGAGGUCGGCUGGUGCGGUGUCUAGCAAAGUAUACGGCGCGUACUUGCGGGCGAGCGGGAAUCCCUUGCUGGUGACUUUGAUGGUGAUGGUAGCUGUGCUGGCACAGUUGCUGGGAUCCAGCUCAGAUUGGUGGACGAGUUAUUGGGUCAAUCAAGAAGAGGAGCAUCCUCUAACGACACUUCGCACGUUCGAUUCGAACGAAACGGGUCCGCUCCAACUUACGUCGAAUUUUACGGACGCGCUCGUUAAUAACGCGGAAUUCCAAUCCGGCCUCACGAGAUAUGAUUGCAUUUAUAUUUAUUCCGCUAUGAUAAUAGCCCUAGUGGUUGUAUCACUACUCCGGUCUUUUCUGUUCUUCUCGAUGGCUAUGCGUGCGUCGACGCGCCUUCACAAUAAAAUGUUUUCGUCAAUCACACGUGCGCCAAUGCGGUUUUUCCAUACGAACCCAUCUGGGCGUAUUUUAAAUCGAUUCUCAAAGGAUAUGGGAGCCGUCGAUGAAGUGCUGCCAUCUGCCUUGUUGGAUGUUCUGCAGAUUGGCCUGUCGCUCGUCGGUAUAGUGGUGGUCGUUGCGACGGUGAACUACUGGCUGCUAUUACCGACGCUGGCCAUCGGCUUCGUCUUCUACGGACUUCGAAUAUUCUACAUCGCAACGUCUCGUAGUAUCAAGCGCCUGGAGGGUGUAACUCGCAGUCCCGUGUUCUCACACCUCAACGCCUCCCUUCAAGGGAUUACUACGAUACGAGCCUUCGGCGCUCAAGAGACACUUAUCAAGGAGUUUGACAAUCACCAAGACUUGCAUAGUUCCGCGUGGUAUAUGUUUAUCGCAAGUUCCCGUGCGUUUGGAUUCUGGUUGGACCUGGUCUGCGUGGUGUACAUCGCAGUAGUUACCAUGAGUUUCCUCGUUUUUGGACAAGAGAAAUAUGGAGGCAACGUGGGUUUGGCGAUAACCCAAGCGAUGGGCCUCACUGGUAUGUUCCAAUGGGGAAUGAGGCAGUCAACAGAACUCGAGAACCAGAUGACUAGUGUGGAGAGGAUAGAGGAAUACUCAAACAUAGAGCCUGAACCACCAUUGGAAUCGGAGCAGAGCAAAAAGCCGCCCCCAUCUUGGCCUGAUGCUGGUCGUUUGCAGUUCAAACACGUGUUCCUUUACUAUGCUCCGGGGGAAGGGGCGGUUCUGAAGGAUCUCACCAUGGAAAUUCUUCCCCGCGAGAAAGUGGGAAUUGUCGGCAGAACUGGAGCCGGGAAGAGUUCUCUUAUAAACGCGUUGUUCAGGCUAGCAACAAUAGAAGGCGAAAUAAUCAUAGACGGUCGUGAAACAGCAUCUCUAGGCCUUCAUGAGCUUCGAAGUCAGAUCUCCAUCAUCCCACAGGAACCAGUUCUCUUCUCGGGGACUAUGAGGCACAAUUUGGAUCCAUUUGAUGAAUACCCCGAUCAAGUGCUCUGGAGAGCUCUGGAAGAGGUGGAGUUAAAAGAAGCGGUGAUGGAGCUGCCAGCCGGUCUGAGCUCUCGUAUGUCCGAGGGCGGUGGAAACUUCUCAGUGGGCCAGAGGCAGUUGGUUUGCCUCGCUCGAGCCAUCGUCAGGCGGAACAGGUUGCUCGUUCUGGAUGAGGCCACGGCGAAUGUGGAUCCGCAAACCGAUGCCCUCAUUCAAACAACGAUUCGCAACAAAUUUGCUGACUGUACAGUACUCACAAUCGCUCACAGAUUACACACUGUCAUGGAUUCGGAUAAAGUUUUAGUUAUGGACGCCGGCCAAAUGGUGGAGUUUGACCACCCACACAUGUUACUGCAGAAACCGAGUGGCUUUUUACGAGCUAUGGUGGACCAGACUGGCCGAUCCAUGGCCGAAAUCCUAGCUAAAGUCGCGUUACAGGCGUACAACAAAAAGUACCCGCAAACUUCAGAAGUCACCGAAUGAAUGUUCCUACUUAGCGAUUAAUACUUAAUUCUCCCGCGAUGGGUUUUCUCUAAGUGAGAUUUUUAAUUUAUUUGCAUGCAUUUCAUUAAAACGACCUCCAAUUUUUACGCUUACUCUGUAAUCUAUACCAAUCUAAAAAUACAUUUUCUGUGAUGGUUUCAAAUGCGAUCCCAAAAAUCUUGGGCUCUGCAAGUAAAGGCAUGGACUACCUGCGCACCUGCCAAAACCUGAUAAUGCUAUUCGUAUAAUUCUCUUCAGACUCGUUUUUAUGAAAUCGCAUUUCUUAAGGAUAUUUAUAUUAUCCGGUAAAUGACUGCCGUAUCGGAAUUAUGAUUUAAAAGCUCAAAUUUGUAUGCCCUAGGCUUUGUACGGCCGUUUCUGGGUGCUAGUACGUACAGUACUUAAUUUUUAAGUAGUUAAAUUAUUCCGGAUCGAAGGACCUCAAGUACGGGUACCGUCAAAUUUGGUGACAUUAGUUUUGACAGUUGACAUCUGUCGUAUGUCGCGUUCAUUAAAUCUAGGCCGCUUGGUGGUUUUUGCCUGUUUUAUCAAUAGGUUAAACAAAUUAUUCUCAGAAUGUUUACAGCUAAUAUAAUUUAAAUGUUUCAAUUUAUAUAUUUUGUUAUUUAAGCUUUGUUAUAUGUUAAAUAUAACGUUCGACAAUUGUUAUAUAAUUUUCUAUAUUUAUUUAAAUGAUUAUUUUGGAAUGGUCAGAAUCUGUUGGACACAUGAACCCAGAAGUAAAAGGCAGCGACAUUUAUGUAAUAUAUAAUAUAGCUGAAAACACGUCAACCACUUUUGGCAGCUUACACAUAGUUUUUGUUUAAUCAUAUUAAUAAAACAGGCAUUCCCACAAAUGCCAACCAAAUACUGUAUGGGUAAAAUUCAGACUCAGAGUCGAGACUAAACUAAUGACUCCCUUAUAUUAAAAUCCAACCCAUUAAAAUUGUAAUUCUCGAUGUAUUUUGCCCAUAUUUAUUUGUGUGUAGCAAUCUGUGUCAUUUAAUUUGACGUGAUCUGUAUGUAAUACUUAAAUGGUUACCAAUUUACUUAAAUCAGGUACUUUUAUGUGUGUUUUCUCGAAUAUUGAAAUUUGUGUGAUUUGUAAUGAACAGUGCCUGCUAAUUAUAAUGAAUCUAUUUUAUAAUGAUCUUGUUUGUUGAAUGUUAAUUAAAUAUAUUUGCAAUU